CGUGCGCAAAAAUAUGCGCAGUGUGUUUGAAGUUGGAAGUGCGACGUUUGUGACUGUUGUGUGUGAAAAUUGGGGUUUCUUCGGAAAUCCAAUGUGUAUUGUGUAAUAUAAAUUGUAGAGAACUUUAAUAUGUCAUCAAACAACCAGAAGUUAUCAACAACCGAGCGGGUUAUCAAAGCGGUGCCGUUCCCGCCAAGUCAAAAGCUGACGACAGAGCAGGUGUUCGACAGCAGGGGACGGCCGAAGCCAGAUGUGCUGAAGCAGCACUUUAUUCUGGAGGGGCGGAUAGAUGAGGCGGCCGCGCUCCGUAUCAUCAACGAUGGCGCUCAGUUGCUCAAGUCCGAGAAGACUAUGAUCGAUAUCGAGGCCCCUGUCACAGUAUGUGGCGACAUUCACGGACAGUUUUACGACCUGAUGAAACUGUUCGAGGUGGGAGGACCUCCCGCCAGUACCAAGUACCUCUUUCUAGGCGAUUAUGUAGAUAGAGGAUAUUUUAGUAUAGAGUGUGUGCUAUACCUAUGGGCGCUGAAGCUGUGCCACCCAACGACGUUAUUUUUAUUACGUGGAAACCACGAAUGUAGACAUCUUACCGAAUAUUUCACAUUUAAACAAGAAUGCAAAAUAAAAUAUUCAGAACGAGUGUACGAUGCGUGUAUGGACGCUUUCGACUGCCUUCCACUUGCCGCUUUAAUGAACCAGCAGUUCCUCUGCGUACAUGGAGGUCUCUCGCCCGAAAUACACAAUUUGGAGGACAUCAGAAAAUUGGACAGAUUCAAGGAGCCUCCAGCGUUCGGUCCAAUGUGUGAUCUCCUCUGGUCUGAUCCCUUAGAAGACUUCGGUAAUGAAAAAAAUGCAGAACACUUCAGUCAUAAUAGCGUACGAGGGUGUUCCUAUUUUUAUAGCAGCAAACCUUAGGAAAGAAGUCAUUCGGAAUAAGAUACGCGCUAUUGGAAAGAUGGCUCGUGUAUUCUCUGUUUUGAGAGAAGAAAGCGAGAGUGUUCUUCAGCUGAAGGGCCUGACGCCCACCGGAUCAUUACCUCUGGGAGCCCUCUCUGGCGGAAAGACCUCAUUGAAAAAUGCACUGCAAGGAUUCUCGCCGAAUCACAAGAUCACGUCGUUCGCGGAAGCGAAGGGUCUGGAUGCGAUCAACGAGCGCAUGCCCCCGCGCAAGGAUGCCCCUCCCUCCCCCGCUGUCGAGGAGAAGGCACCACCCUCCGCCAGUGCACCCCCCACCACCUCCACAACGGCCCCCUCCUCCUCUCCUGCCAAUGCACACUCAUGAGCACUUUUCACUCGAAUGAUCGCUGUUCUCAUUUUCACUGGCGCAUCGGAAAAGUUGUUUUCAUUCUGUUUUAUAGAAUAAUCUGGAUUUAAUAUUGAUAAGAAAUAUACUACGCUCUGCCCACCUUCAGAAUAGUUAAGUCUAGCCGGCCGGCAUCACUUUCGAAUCGAAACCAACUUCUAUUAUUUCGUUCAAUGAUGAUGAUGAUGAUGAUGAUGAUAAGCGUUUGUUUGUGUUGGCAGCAGCCGGGGGCCAAACGCAGCGGGCUGAGUUGGUCCCGGUGCCCCUCCUCUCUCUCCCUCUCUCUCUCUCUUUACUCUCUCACCCCCUCCCCUGACCAGCUGGUCUGGUUGAAACCCCUCUCUUCAAAGCCCCCUCCUCCCCCCGCCACCACUACCACUCAGUGUACCUGAUUUGAAGCCGCCGUUGUUGAUCGACAUCAUCAUCAUCAUCUGGCUCUUUGCUGUCUUCUGUUCACACUUACAUAAAUAUGAGCCGCGCAAUGGAAAUUUACAAGAGUGGACUGCACUUAAUAAUCAACCAACGUAUUAGUCCUACACACCUUCAUUUAUCCACUGAAUGAAUCGAUUUAUUCUGUAUUAUUUUGUACAUAAAAGUAUCUUUGUAAAACCAGCUUGAUAGCGAAUAUUCGACUUAGUGUUAGUUUCUCUUGUAGAUUGUAUUACAUAAUAAUUAAUUAUAAUAAUAUUACUGAAUAAUAAUAAUGCUAUCGUUAUUGUUAACUAUUUUCCCUUCGACCACAUGGAAGAGAGAGCUUUUCAUGCUGCCGUGUUAGCGCCUUGCUCAUCUUUUCGAUGUGUGUAAAUAAAGAGUGUAUGCUGUUGCAAUCCAUUUCCAACCGAAUCCAAUCCACUACUCACCGAGUGAAUGUGUGUAUGCGCUUCAACAUUUCAUCUAGAUACUGUAAUAUGUUCUUUGUUAGACAAUUCUAUAACUCUAUCGAUGCAUUUGAAAUCUCUCUCUUGCCUUCCAUGCCUUGUGUAGGUUUCUGGUUAGUCAAAUAAUUGCCUGACGAUAAAUGUGAGAAAAGAAGCAACAACUUUUUCGUUGUUUAUCAGCAGUCAUUAUUCGUAACUUACACCUUUCGACACUUCUAAAGCCUUUCAACUGAUGAUUAUAUAGUCGAUUUAAACUGUUUUAGCAAACAGGCUUUCAUCUAAUAAUCACAAAAUAGAUAAAUAUUUGUAUUUGUGUGCAAAGGACAGUUUGUUUGCUUUUUCCAAUUGUCAAUUCCUUGUUCUCUUGUUUGUUUUACAUACUUUAAUACACAAAAUGUGAACACUAUAUGUUAUCGAAUAAUUGAAAAAUUAACAGAUCUUGUUAUUGUUAUUGAUUGCUGAAGAUGAAAUUCUUUUACAUGUUUUUAAGAAUAAUCACUUGUUGACUGUGUGACUAUUUUUCUAUUAUUCUAACAUUUUUAUAUCAUUAAUAUUUCCAAAACUUUUGUAUAUUUUCCAUCAAAUAGAUUCUAUACAAUGGUCAUGUGUAUGUAGAUAUGUAACUAUUGAUAUCUAUAUACAUGAUGGUACAUAAUAAAUAUGAAUUAAUAUGAUAAGACUCAUAUUGAUGUUACGUCUGUAUACGUCCACAGAUAAGUAAACCCUGCACCAUUUAGUUAUAAUCAGAAAGGUGAAAAUGAGUUUUAACAUCAUUAUUGUAUUAAUAAUGAUAAGAAAAUAAUAUUCAAAAUAAUUACUAUUGAAAAAUAAUAUUAAAUAGCAAUUAUCUAAUGAAUAAUAUGUAUCAAAGUCAAGAAAUUUAGUUUGUAUUUUUUAUAAAUUAGGUUUUUUAUUGAAAGAUGCUAGUGAAACAAUAGAUGUAUUUAGUAUGAAUAAUCAGAAAUAAAAAACAGAAAUGUGCGAGUUGGGAGGGUACAAAGUGAAGAAUAUUUGCUGUAAAUAUGAAGCCAGCAGUUUUUCCGAUCUAGGAAACAAGGGAUAAUAAAGUUGAUGGGUUGAAUCAGAGACAAAAUAUUUAUUCAACAACGUUCGACAUUUGUUUGAGAGUCAGCAGCACAAACGAACAUUGAUCGAUAUUCUGCUGUUUAUCACCCAUUACGUCACUACUCUCAUAGAUAGGUCACAAUCGAAAAUCAAAAAAAGAAUUGUGUUGAUUUUUUUGUAAAUUUCGCUCUCAGUUUUGAGUGCAUGGUGUGAAUCUGAGCCAGGUACUUGCUGUUGUCAGAAUGUCAACUACUGGGUGAAUGGAGCAGUGUGUACUUGUAUCAGUAUGGGACAAUGAAAUUAAUCAAAUAAUAUAUCAAUCGAUUGUAGAGAUUUUCUUCGAGUUAUGUGUUUUCCAGAUCGGCUGACUUGAGACAUGAUUAAUAUUAAUGCAAUCAUUAUCAUCAUUAUAAUCUUCUAAUUAUCAUCCUCAUCUUCAAUAUGCGAAUUGAAUUUCAAUAAUAUUGUGUACAUUUUUCCAAGUAACAUAUGCAAUUACUACUAAGAAUAGAAAUUAUACUAAUUUUCCCCAAAUUUAUUAUUGAACUCAUUCUAAAUAUCGUACAGUUAUUGUCAUUUUUCCUGUUUUAGAAUAUAAGUAGGUUCCGGACUACCGGUACCCCAUGCAGAACAACAUUUACUUGUAUGGAGCCUCUUUAUCAAGUUAUUCUUGUUUAAUUGAACCAGAUCUCAUGUGUUGCUUAACUACUUGCAAAUUUGGCCACUGCAUAAUCUGGUCGUUAUUUUACCGGUUUACUCACUAUAAAUAUCUAGAACAGCAUGCUUGAAAUUGUAACUAUUUAAUUAUUAAAUCACUCAAAAUUUCAACAGUGCUUUAUAGCACUUGAUUUCAUUAUCAAAGUUGUAUAUUAUUCAUGAUAUUAUCGUGGAAAUCUAAGUAAUGUAAAUAAUGUUUCUCUUGAAAGCAUAAGGAUGAAAAACUAUUAUCUUAUUAGUGGAUGCAUAACUUGGAACGGUAUUGUGUACUGUACAUAUAUUGUUGAAUAGAUUUUUUAAGAAAUGUUGAAAUCAUUUUAGGUAUAAGUUGAUUGAAUUUCAAUUGUAAGCAUUGACAUUAUUAGUGUAUGAUAACUCAAAAAGCUUUCAAACUUUUCUACCUAUGAAUAACAACAUAUUUCCCAACAUCACAUAUUUCGGUUAAGUUAAUUUUUGGUGAAUGAAUUAUUAUAUUAUUUUUGUUGAGUAUGAUGUUAGUUAAUCUAGUUCUAAUUGAAAAAAAUGUACUUAAUUAUUUAUUGACCUAUGUCUUAAUUCAACGAUUUUUAUAUUAUUUAUUAAUGAUGGUUUGUUUUGUAAGUUGGAGGCCUAAUCCAAUUUAAAAAUUUGUAUUCGUCAAAAAUUAUAAUUGAAAAUUAAUUAACACUUUCAAUUAUAUGCUAACCGAUCAUAAAGUGUUGAUUACGAAUUUGUCCUGUGACAAAAUUUUUGUUAUUUCAUUGAAUAAUUUUUGAGAAGACUGCAAUUUGAAAAUUGUACUCAUUUCAUUCGAUUGUAAUAGUUGAAAUUAAUAAAAUUCCAGGGCAGCAGAUACAGACAUUUCAGUUGAAAAUAUGAUUAUUUUAGUUUCUGCAGAAUUAAAUUUAAUUUAUUGU